AUGCUGCACGGUUCAGGGUUUCCUGACGGCCACUUACGACUCCUUGGGUCGGCAGACUGGUUGGUUGCGUACCGAGUGACGGACCGGGAACCUGUGGGCAUCGCCGUUCGGGACACGGUCUUCCUCUCCGACGGUCGCAAGAUCGGAAAAAAUUUAGGCGUUAUGGUGCUGAAUGACUCCGAAGAUUUAGAAGGUGCUCUAGCGAGGCAUCGUCAAGGUGAAAUCGACCUUCACCCGAUCCUCCUCCUCCUGCCUCCCACCUCUUGCCUCCCACCUUCUGCCUCCUUCCCUCGAAGACGCGCUUCUCUCGUAGUCGUUUCCCUUUUGAGCCUCGUCGCGCAUACUCCAUCCACUGGAAUGUCGACAUUACAGCAGCCCCAGGCGGAGAACUGCGCGAUCGAAGGGGAAAGGGCGCUGGCGAAGUUCCGCUUCAACCUGGAGAGGGGGGACUGGACUCCGCUCAGGGAUUACGGCGAGGAAAGGAUCACGGUGAAGUCUGCUUACGAUCAGGACACGAGCACGUAUUUUCUCCUCGUCCAGGCCCCGUUGGAUUUCGAGUGCGACUGGGUGAUCCAAGAUAUGCGAGACCACACAUCAGAGGCCACAGCCGACUGGAAUUCUAACGUCCAGGAGUACAAGGUCCUUCAGAGGCUGAGCGAGACGUGCAAAGUGAUACACCAAGUGAUGAAGCCGAAACUCAUGGGUUUCGUCGCCAGUCGGGACUUCGUGGUCCUCAAUUACAGUCGCAAGGACGGGGACACUCAGGCGGAGGUGAAAGAAGGCAGCGGGAUAUCGUUUUCUCCCGAUCCGGAACUCCACACUAGGACCCUGCUGCGCUGGGUGUACUCGCUGGACUACAAGGUUCCGAUCCUCCCAGUCAAGUUCCUGCUGAAGUUCCACGCGGAGGGAUGCCGGCAGUACAUCCUCGGCUUGAGGAAGUACCUGUCGGGCAGGCACCAACAUCCUGUCGUGGUCGUGCAGAAGUGAUCUAAUGCGGUCGAUCUCCCUCCCGUAUCUUCCUUCUGAAGUGCGUCUCUCUUCGGUGGUGAAUUUGGGCUCUGACGGGGAAUUCCUGAUUCAACCUCUAAUGUGUAAGGGCCCCUCACUACUCACUAGGCCCGCAGAAAUUUGUGCGCGUUUAUUCAAUGAAUCAUAAUCAUUGUGCAUCCCACGUUUCAUGAAUGGUCGUGAAGUCAACAUUGCCGAAAAUUGUGAAAGUAUAUUGUUGGAAUUGUU